AUGCCAGCGGCUCUAGACUGUGAAAAUGGCGGACUCCUUUCCGUUAAAUUUAACAGGAAGCCUUGUCUAGCUGGCGUCGAACAAUCUCGAAGCGACGAGACUGGCCUCCCAUUGACUUUCACUCCGGUCAACCCCAAGAAAGGCGUGAUCCAUCUUUCCAUAGAUGUUAACAUAAAGUUUUUAGCUUCCACUGGUUGUGACGACGAGUCAACCGUAUGGAAGGUGAAAUAUGAUAAAGCCUUGAAGCAAUAUGCUGUGAUGGUGGGAGGUGUUGAGGGAAACCCGGGACCCGAAACAUUGGAAAACUGGUUUAAGAUUGAGAAAACUAAAGACGGUUAUAAGUUAGUUUUCUGCCCGAGUGUGUGCAGCUACUGUAAGGUUAUGUGCAAGGCUGUUGGAAUAGUUGACGACGAAGAUGGUUCGCAACGUUUGGUACUCAACAAUGAUCCUGCGUCUUUCGUCUUCUGGAAAACUAACUUGUUCCAUUCAACCAGUCCAUUAUUCCAUGGAUGCUCGAAUAAAUAG